AUGGGAAAGAAAAAUAAGGAUUCACUUGGACGAGCUCUUAUCAAAGAUCGAUACGCAAAAAAUCGCAAUCGUAGACAUGUUGAAGACAAUACAUUGUUACACACCACAGAAGUUAACGAUGGAUAUGAUUGGGGGCGACUGAAUUUACAAUCUGUAACCGCAGAAUCAUCGUUACAAGAAUUUCUCUCAACAGCAGAGCUUGCAAACAGAGAGUUUGUUGCAGAAAAGCUUAAUGUCAAAUAUGUGAAAUCAGCGCCGUGUGAGGUGGAACUUGUUACCUCACAACCUGAAUUUGAUGAACCUCUCACUGUUCCGAGGAGACCACCAUGGAAACCAGGCAUUUCAGCUGAAGAACAAAUUACAAGGGAAAGAGAUGCUUUUCUAGAGUGGCGAAGGCAUUUAAAUGAGUUACAAACUAAAUUGGGUGCUGCGGUCACACCAUAUGAAAGAAAUCUUGAACUUUGGAAACAAUUGUGGAGGACUUUGGAGAAAUCUGAUGUUGUUUUAAUACUUUUAGAUGCAAGAAAUCCACUUUUAUUUAGGUGUUUAGAUCUAGAAAAAUAUGCAUCAGAACAAAACUGCAAAUGUAUCCUGUUGUUGAAUAAAGCUGAUCUCACAACUGAGUAUACUCGGAAGUGCUGGGCGGAAUAUUUUGAGAAAGAGAACAUUCCAAUAAUAUUUUUCUCGGCCGCCAAAAGUUCGAAGGAAAGAAAGAUAUCAGAAGACUCUCAAACGGAGAAAGAUGAAAUUGACUCGGGAACGGAAUCUGCUGAAUCAGAAGAAGAUACAGAUGACCAACAUGACCCUGAUGAAAUAAAACAAACACAAGACGAUAUAGAACAGUUUAAAAGACAAUUAGGAGAUCUGAAUACAGCUGUCAAUAACACAGCUAACAAAAUAGACGCCGUACAAGAAGCGUUGGAUAGAGUUAUGGAAUGUUUAAGGCUUGGAAAACCUAUUGAACCUUUUCUAUGUAAUCCAGAAAAGACCACAGAUAAUAAACAGGUUGGAGAUUGUGAUACAGAUAAAAAAGAGGAUAACAUAGACACAGAUAAUAAAGUUGAAAACUCGCAUGAGAUAUUUGGAAGAGAUAAAUUGUUAGAAGUUUUAAAGACAUAUAAAGGAAAAGAAUUAAAGAACCCUCCCAGGGUAACAGUUGGAAUGAUUGGUUAUCCAAAUGUAGGAAAAUCUAGUUCUGUUAAUGUACUGAUGCAAACCAAGAAGGUGAGUGUGUCCUCAAUGCCCGGCCACACGCGUCACAUCCAGUCCCUUAUAGUUGACAGUGAGGUGGAAGUGUUAGAUUGUCCUGGUCUAGUGUUGCCAGCCUACGCGGUCGCACCAGACUUAUUAUUGACAGCUGUACUGCCUAUUGAUCAGAUGCGUUCACACGACGCGGCCAUGGCUCGACUCUGUCAGUUAGUAAGUAGACAAGUUUUCUCCCAAAGAUACGGACUACUUCUACCAGAAUAUGAUGACACUUCAAUGGAAUACAAGAAGAUACUCACAGCACACGCAUUCAACCGCGGGUUCAUGACGGCCGCGGGUCAGCCAGACGUGUCUCGCUCAGCUCGUCUGUUGCUGAAGGAUGCUGCGAGCGGUCGUCUCCGCUGGGAGCAGCCGCCGCCGGGAGUCGAACCCGCUACACUCGAACAACUCAUAAACGAGAGUAAAGCUAGGAAACCUACGCCGCGAGAGGCGCGCGCUGUAGAGGGCUGGUUGAACAAAUCCGCUGAAAUAGACAGCGCAUUCUUUGCGAUGCAGAAAGGUGCAGCUCACGUUAAAGGAAAACCUAUAUUAGGAAUUUCUUCAGCACAAGUAGCAGAUAGACAAGUUAUUGGAAAACCCUGGAAACAUGAGAAAAAGCAUGCGAACAAAAAUAAAAGAGAAAAAUUAAGAAGAGUCUACGCCCAUUUGGACGAACAUUAA